GUUUUUCUUAGUUUGUUAAGAAAUUCACUGAAUCAAUCCGCACUUUAUUUUGGAAUUAGCAGUUUCAACUUAAGGAAAUGCUUAAUACCCACUUUUUCGUUCUGACUGUCUUCAUCGUGAAUGCUUUGCAACAACAAAAUCUACCCCUGGAGCGCAUAAACGUGAAAAUUGGACAAAUCAAGAGCAUCUCCAAAUCUUCUCUGCUCGUUUCAUGGACACUGAAUGCACCCGAAUCUCUCUUCUCAAAUAUUGUUGGUUUUGAGUUGCAAUAUGACGACAAACCAUUCUUCGACAACUCCAGUGUGAGAGAGGCCCUCUAUGACUCAUCUACUCGAUCCAGGGUAGUCUCUAACUUGGUUGGGGACACUGUGUACGUGUUCCGAGUGAGACCCAUUCUUUCGGUGCCUAGAAAUGGAGACACGUGGAGUAAUAUGGUUGCUGCCGAAACAAAAGGACCCGACGCCAAGCUGGCUCUUGUGAUGACGUUCGGAAUGGAAGUUCAAGCCAUGAAGCAGGAACUGCUCAUAAAUCUGAUCGUCGAAGUGGUCAAAUCAGCCCUGGAACCGGAUCUGAGAGUCCAGUCGGUCCAAGUGCAAGACAUCAAAAAUGUCCUGGCCAGUUCCAUUCCCUCUCUUGACUCUCCUCCAGUAGUCAAAGCGUACAUUGAAGUCAUCUACAAAUCAGACUCACAACUAAGUCCGGAUGAUGUGGAGAAGAAAGUGAGAGAGACAACGGGCAGCCAGACGGCUAUCAGGUCUCUCAAGGACGUCGAUGUCUUCGUACAGCCAGAUAUAUCUGUGUGCUCCGAACACAAUCAGGAGUUCAAGGAAUGCGGACCCAAAUGUGUGGAAACUUGCACGGAAGACUGCUACUCUGCUCCAAAUGGCUGUGUGCCUGGCUGUUUCUGCAAUUCGGGCUAUGUCUAUGACUCCGAAAGGAAAACUUGUGUUCUAAAAGAAACUUGCAACAUCGCAUGUGACGAUCCGAACGAGCAAUAUAUCGAUUGUGGCCUCUCGUGUUUCGAGUCGUGUUCAUCCUCUGUUCGUGGAAGUUGUCGUGGAAAGUGCACUGCAGGCUGCUUUUGCAAAGAGGGAUUCGCACGCGUGAAGAACAAAUGCGUCCCCUUGACAUCCUGCCCGCUGUGCAAUUUAGCCGAAAACAGAGUUUCCAAAGACUGUUCGGUUGAAAAGUUCUGCUUUUCGCAAUUGGAUCGGUUCGAUAAUUUGACCUGUGGCAGUGGCUGUUUUUGCAUGGAUGGAUAUCUUGAUCAUAAUGGCAAGUGUAUAUCCGAAAGUGAAUGUCGUAGCCUAUGUCCCUCUAAGCCGAACAUGCUUUUCGCCGAAUGCGGGAACCUUCCGUGCGAGAAAACCUGCCAGGACAACCUUCAGAAUCUGUGUCGCAUCUCGAAUGACCAUGUCAGUAACUCGUUGUGUCGUGCUGGGUGUUAUUGUCAAGAUGGAUAUGUGAAGGAUCUGAAAAGUCAGAUGUGUGUCUUAAGGCAGGACUGUCCAGGUGAUUGUGAGGAUCCCAAUCAACAAUUCAGACUUUGCGAAGACAAUUGUGUGAAAAGAUGUGAUGGUGCCAUUUCUUGUGUGUCCAACUCAACUUGCAGAUUAGGCCAAUGUGUGUGCAAACCGGGCUUUGUUUUGCCCACUAAAAAUUCGGCCAAUGAACCAUUCGGCUCAAGUGCUCGUUGUGUCAGGGAUUCAACGUGUGACCUGCGGAAAGCAUUAACAUGUCCGGAUCGAAACUCUACUUACCAA